AUGCCCAACCUAAGAUUACUACAAGUUGAUAAUGCAACCUUGGAGGGGGAUAUUCAGUGUCUUCCUUCUGAGUUAAGAUGGUUCAGAUGGUGGGGAUGCCCGUUGAAACAAAUACCUGCCGAUUUUUGUCAUGAAGACUUAGUUAUGCUUGACUUAACUAAUGGCUUGUUUAGUCAAGCUUGGAGUAAUUGGGCUGAAAAUGAAAAUAAGCUGUUUCAACAAUUAGAAGUUCUUCAACUCCGUUGUUGUUCGGUUCUAUCAGAGUUGCCCAACUUCUCGGGAUUUCCUCACUUAAAGAGAUUAGAUCUUAGUUUUUGCAUGAAGUGGGUUAACUUACAUGAAUCCAUCGGAGAGCACCAGCAGCUUGUUUACUUAAACUUGCUAGCUUGUAUUUCACUUGAGAAACUCCCAAACAGUAUAGGUAGAUUGAGUUCUCUCCAGAUGUUUAAUCUCAGGGAAUGCAAUUCUCUCAAAGAGUUGCCUGAGUCCAUUGUUGAUCUAAAAGAAUCUUUGGUUGAGCUUUCCUUGAAUGGGACAAAGAUUGAAGUAUUGCCUGAUGGUGUUGCAUUGUUAAAGAAGCUGGAGGUAUUGGAUAUUUCUAGUAACCGUGCCCUAAUGUAUCUACCAGGGUCAAUGGAGAAAAUGACGUCUUUGUGUCACUUGAUCCUUUGUAGACCUGAUAAUCCUCUGUGCAUACCAAAGCUUCCUUUUAGUUUAAUUGAAUUUACGGUUUCGGGGACACAACUUGGAAGUUUACCAGAUGUGCAUAACAUGAAAAACAUGAAGGUAUUGGUCCUAGGAGAUUUUUGGGCAAAGGUGGAGCAAUUUAGAGGCUUCAUGAAGACGAGGAACGAUGAACUGAGCAGUCAAGUGGAUAGACACUGCGUGCUAACAAAUUGUCGGAAGCAGAAGCAAAGCCAGGAAACAUUUCUGUUGGGUAGCAUUGAAAAUUGGAGACGAAUUUGGAUACCUUUGCAAAAGACAGAUGAAGAAGAAGGUCCUAACUGUUACCUGAUUCCUGAUGAUGAUGAGAUCUGUAGGUGCUGGUUAAUGAUGAAGCUUUCUUUGAGUGUCUCUAUAAUUGGAAACCCUCAACUUUAUGUCGUCUUACGAGAUGAGCUCACUCUGCGCUUUAAAGCUUGUUUCAGUAGCAAAGAUAUAAAAAUGGAUUGUGAAAAUAAUCUGAGAAUUGAGGGUAUCAAGAAAUUAACAGGCAAUUGGACGACAGAGGAUGAGGAUAUAUGGGAAUCUACUUGGAAGGAACUUACUUCGGAGGAAGAAGAGGAGAGGACUAAUGAAAUGAGUGACGAAGAGGGAGAGUUGUUUACGGUUUCUUCCUACGAAGAGGAGGAGGUGUAG